AACGUCAAUGAGACUUCUUCAAGUAUUGCAACCUCGCCAACUCAAUUAUCAGAACUUAAAAACGAUGAUUCUCCGUACACUAAACGUCAAAAACUAACAACCUUAUGUUUUGACAUAUGCGAUAUUAAUAAGAGCGCACCUAAUCAAUACAUUCAAUCUACAACUUCUCAUCCAAAUAACUUAAAUAAUAAUUCACAUACAUCGAUCAGUGAAUCUCGGGCUUCGAUACCAUCUUGGGAAAUCGAAUCAAAACAAAAUUUUCUAAGUCGUCAAGCUAAAAAUGCAACUAGAUCUAAUUCGAAAAGGCAAAAUAAUGAUGCAGUUGAAAGCGAAGGAGGAAGAAUCAUAUUUUCUAACAUUGAGGGCGACGAAAACGUUGUUAAUGAUGUAGAUUCGUCAACGAUGUCGACAACUGUAACGUCAAGAUUUGGAAACGAAGAAGAAACCACUACUGAACACGAUACAUUAGAUCGUGAGGAUAAAAAUAUAGUGCCAAUGCUUCAAAAAGAAGGAAAAUCAGCAGUGCCAUUAACUACUGAUAUUGACAAGGUAAUAAUGGCUGGAAAUCGAAAAUUGGGUUGUGCAUAUUAUAACAUGGCUACUUCCACUUUAUAUAUAAUGGAAGAUAUGGAAGAAAAUAACACUCCUUAUGAUUUACUUGAUUUAUGCAAUUCACGUGCGGACGAGGACUUUAUAGAAGCAUUAAAAACCACCGGCAGAACUAUAUUCUUUAUUAUUCGCCCAAACGUUGAAUUUGUAUGGGCAUCAGCAAAAACAAAACAUUUAUCGAUAAAGUUUGACGGAACUCACGGAUUCAGUUCAGUACAAAUCAGCGCUACAAAAAAAGACAUGUAUUUGAAGCUAUCGAGUAUUAUUGAUAUGGAUAGUGUUGAGGCAGUCUGUUGCGCUGGUGCAUUUCUUAGCUAUAUUGCAAGAGCAAGAGUCACAGAUGAAUUAUUGCAUCAGCAAGAUCAAGACCUCAAAACACUGUCUAUUGAGCAAUUCUCGUUGAAACCAUUUCUGCAUGUUAACGCGGAUUCUCUUUGUUCACUCCAAAUCUUCGAGGACGAGUCUCAUCCAAAUAUGCAUGCGCGAUCUCAAGCAAAAGAAGGGUUGUCUAUUUUCGGAGUGCUCAAUAGAACAAGAACACCAGUCGGCAAACAACUCUUUAAACAAUGGUUUCUUCGACCAAGCCUUUACUUAAAUAUCCUCGAAGGGAGAUUUUGUACCAUUGACUGUUUUUUACAGCCGGAUAAUCUUCAUAUUUCCGAGCAUUUGGCUAAUUGCUUGAAACAUGUCAAGAAUAUCCCAAAAAUACUGGAGAGCAUGAAAGGGAAGUUGAAUAUGGCAGAGUGGCAGUCAUUGUUGCAGUUCGCUUAUUACUGUCUUAAAAUUUGUAACCUCAUUCGAGAGUUGAAUUCCUCGGAAAAUAUACAAACAUUCAACAAAAUAAGAGAAACUUUCGUUGUUACCGAGUUGAAAGAUCUUGGUUCAGUUAUAAAUGAUGUGAUUGAUUUCGAUGAAAGCGCAAACGAGAAUCGCGCUGUGGUUAAAUUGCACGUUGAUGAGUCUGAAGUCGCACGAGAAAUUGCUACAACAAUUCCAAGUGAAUUCGCAUCCACAUUGAAUGUCAUUUACUUUCCUCAGCUCGGGUAUUUGAUUACCGUUCCGUUAAAACCUGAAUGGAAAGAGGAAGAAGACUUCCAGAUCGAAGGAUUGUAUUAUCAGUUUAGUACAGCGACAACUGUAUAUUACAAGAAUUCUCGAAUGCGUGAACUUGAUGAAUAUCUUGGAGAUAUUCAUGGAUUAAUAGUUGACCGCGAAAUAGAAAUCAUGCAACGACUUCAAGAACGAGCCAAUGAGAAUACAGCGUCACUAUUAGCGUCGACAGUAGUUUGCGCGGAACUUGAUUGUCUUCUUUCUUUGGCUGAGUCUGCUAGAAGAUAUCAUUAUUCAAGACCGCAGAUGACCGAAGAAAAUAUAUUGAAAAUUGUAAAAGGAAGACAUCCACUUCAAGAACUUUAUGUUGAUGUAUUUGUUGCGAAUGACACGAAUUUAGCGGGUGGCAAAGGAAUAAUCAAGCCAGAGGACAAAGAGAGUGAAAAUCCAACUUUCCCAGCAAAUCAUGAAUCUUUUACUGCAUCAGCAUUUUCAACGGUAAAAACUUGUGAAGCAGAAAACAAAAACAAUCAUGAAAAUUUGGACGUAUUGCUUAAGGAAUUCUCGACAAUGUAUGCAAGCCAAGAGUAA